AUGUCCGACGACAACAUUUCCAUCUACGACGAGAUAGAGAUCGAAGACAUGACCUUUGACGAGGACAUGCAGAUCUACCACUAUCCGUGCCCCUGCGGCGACAAGUUCCAAAUCGCCCUGGCCGACUUGCGCGACGAAGAGGACAUUGCCGUGUGUCCCAGCUGCAGUCUCAUGAUUCGCGUCAUCUUUGAUAAGGACGACCUCCCUGAGGACCCCGAAGAUGAAGCUGAACCUGCCGUCGAGGAGGUAUCCGCUCAGAUUCCCGUCCAGCGCAGAAACUACGAGCGCGGAAUAAGCACACCACGUGAGCGGUAUAUACAAGCGCCCGAAGCUGAUCCUCAUUCAUUGCGCAUCAACACAACAGCAGAUUGCCACUUGCGGGCUAAGGACCUGCACGGGAGGAAGCCUCCACGGUUGGACAAAUACUCUAGCCGCCCGCGUAUCACAAGACUUGGUUGCGUGACACGGCGCACGAAGGAUUCUGCUCUCCUUCUUGCUACUAUUUCCAUUUCGCGGGAAUGGAGGAGAUUACAUUGUGCCGCAGAGGUAACAGUGGAGGCAAACAUUUUUCUUAAUGAAAGAUGCCACCGGGGCCUGUUCUUAGGACAAAAGUGGGACACUGGGCAUCGUGCGGCGCCGCUGUUGGAUGAACAUGCGCUGAUGGUAUCGCACUUGAAAGUAUUGGCUAGGCAGACCGAGGGACACGGCGGCCGCUACGGAAGUGGUGGGAGUUCAAUACGAACGGCGCUACAGAGAAGCGCAGGGCCAAGAAGAGGGGAGGGAUGGAUCAUCGUAUACCAUGAUGGCAAAUCUUUCAAGGUUCUCAGCUUACAUUGUCUGUCCGGCUCCCGAAUACACAUGAGUGAAUACACGGAAGGAACACUUCAUAUACCCCUCCAAAUUCAUUCCCGUCACCAGCCAGCAGGCGCCCUCUCGGGGGUCAGGUCAAAACUGGCUGGGUGGUGGAGUGGUUGA